GAACAGCCACCAGCUCACAUUCGUUCUAGUAGGGAUUAUAACGCAGGCAUGAUUCCCAAGGGCUACUGUUUUUAUUUUUGCUAGUUUAUGAUGGCUAAUGGAACUCUCGCCCGUGUGCUUAGAUGUCACCAAGUAUUUAUCAUCAUCUCUCGCAAGUCUGCUUGCAACAAUGCAAAAAAUUAGGCUCCCGCCAAUUGUUAAAUGAAUUAUCUGACUCAUUACGACUGUCUCAAACUUUGAGAACCGGCAAGGUCAUCCACGCUCAUAGCUUGAAGCUCGGAGUGGCCUCCAAAGGAUUGUUGGGAAACGUCAUUGUCGAUCUCUAUGCGAAGGGUGGCAAUGUGAGCUUUGCAGAGAAAGCAUUUACUCAGCUUGAGAAGAAAGAUGUCUUUGCUUGGAACUCCAUUCUCUCUAUGUACUCGAGGUGGGGAUUGUUGGAGAAGGUUUUGGAGUCAUUUGUUUCGUUGUGGAGUUACGGGGUAUGUUCUCCAAAUGGGUUCACGUUUGCUAUGGUUUUAUCCAAUUGUGCGAGAUUGGUGGAUGUUGAGUUUGGUAGUCAAGUUCAUUGUGGUGCUGUUAAGUUGGGGUUCGAGUUGGAUCCAUAUUGUGAAGGUGCACUUGUUGAUAUGUAUGCCAAGUGUAGUUGCAUGAGUGAUGCUAGAAAGGUUUUUGGUGGGGCUGGGAAGAUAGAUGUCGUUGCUUGGACUGCUAUGAUUACUGGUUAUGUUCAAGAUGGUUUGCCUGAGGAAGGGAUCGGAUUAUUUGAGGAGAUGAAGAAUGUUGGCCUUGUUCCAGAUCGAGCUGCUUAUGUGACUGUCAUUAAUGCUUGUGUUGGUAUAGGAAAGCUAAAUUACGCGUGUGAAUUGUUCGCCGAGAUGCCAAGUCCGAAUGUUGUAGCUUGGAAUGUGAUGAUUUCUGGGCAUGCCAAGGCAGGUUAUGAGGAAGUAGCUAUAAUCUUUUUUGUGAAAAUGAUGAAAACUGGUGUAAAACCCACAAGAUCUACACUUGGAAGUAUCUUAAGUGCAGUUGCUUGUUUAGGAAUUUUAGACAAUGGUUUGCUGAUUCAUGCUCAUGCGGUUAAGCAGGGUUUGGAUUCAAAUUUUUAUGUGGGGAGUUCUUUGAUUAAUAUGUAUGCCAAGUGCGGGAAAAUGGAUGAUUCGAAGAAAGUAUUCGAUGCUGUAGAUGUUAAGAACAUUGUCUUGUGGAAUUCAAUGCUCGGAGGCUAUGCACAGAACGGGUUUGCGUUUGAGGUCAUAGAAUUGUUCUCCAAUAUGAAAGGAUGUGGUGUUCAGCCAGACGAGUUUACCUACACUAGCAUUUUGAGCGCGUGCGCUUGCUUGGAGUAUCUGGAAUUGGGUCGCCAGUUGCACUCUGUUAUUAUCAAGAACAAAUUUACAUCGAAUUUGUUUGUUGGGAAUGCAUUGACGGAUAUGUACACUAAGUCAGGGUCUAUGACGGAUGCAAGGAAGCAAUUUGAACGCAUAAGGAAUAGAGAUAAGGUCUCUUGGAAUGCAAUCAUCGUUGGAUAUGUUCAGGAGGGGGACGAGGUUGAAGCUUUCAACUUGUUCCAAAAAAUGACUUUACACGGGUUGAUGCCUGAUGAAGUGUCCUUAGCAAGUAUACUAAGUGCUUGUGCAAAUGUGCAAGCACUUAAGCAGGGGCAACAAGUCCAUUGUCUCUCUGUUAAAUCUGGUUUGGAAACAAGUCUCUAUGCAGGAAGCUCCCUUAUUGACAUAUAUGCCAAGUGCGGGGCCAUUGAAGCCGCUCAUAAAGUCUUCUCUUUGAUGCCUCAGCGGAGUGUAGUCUCCAUGAAUGUGCUUAUUGCUGGUUACUGCCAAGUCAUUUUAAAGAAAGCUAUAAAUCUGUUGCGAGAUAUGCAGGUUGCGGGAUUGAGCCCUACUGAUAUAACAUAUGCAAGCCUUUUAGAUGUUUGCAAUGGAUCUGCAACAAGGCUAAUUCUAGGGAGGCAAAUCCACUGUCUAAUACUAAAGAGAGCCAUUCUAUCUGGUGAUUAUGACUUCUUGAGAGUUUCUCUUUUGGGCAUGUACAUGAACUCCCGAUGCAAAGAGGAUGCCGAAAUGCUUUUCUCCGAGUUCCCAAAGCGAAAAAGCACUAUACUUUGGACUGCUAUGAUUUCAGGGCUCACUCAAAAUGAUUUCAGUGAGGAGGCUCUGGAGCUAUAUCAAGAAUUGCGUAGAGAGAAUGCUGUACCUGAUCAGGCUACUUUUGCUAGCAUCCUUCGAGCAUGUGCUGUCACGUCCUCUUUGCUAGAUGGUAGAGAGAUCCAUUCCCUCAUUAUCCAUACCGGUUUCGAUCUAGACGAGUUGAUUUGCAGUGCCCUUGUGGACAUGUAUGCUAAAUGUGGUGAUGUCUUGAGUUCUGCCCAAAUAUUUCGAGAAAUGAAGACUAAAAAAGAUGUCAUUUCUUGGAACUCCAUGAUAGUGGGUCUUGCUAAAAAUGGGUACGCUGAAGAUGCACUACAGAUCUUUGACGAGAUGAGGCAAACACAUAUCAUGCCCGAUGAUGUAACAUUCCUCGGCGUUCUCACUGCGUGUAGUCAUGCAGGAAAGGUUGCCGAAGGCAGACAUAUCUUUAACACUAUGAUCAAUGAUUAUGGUGUUCGGCCUCGGGUUGAUCACAUUGGCUGCGUGGUCGAUCUUCUUGGCAGAUGUGGUUUCCUUAAAGAGGCAGAGGAACUUAUCUACAAGCUAAGUUUCGAUUCGGAUGCUAUGAUUUGGACCACAUUACUCGGUGCUUGCAGAUUACAUGGAGAUGACUCGAGAGGGCGGCGGGCAGCUGAGAAACUCAUUAAUUUGGAUCCCCAAAACUCUUCACCUUAUGUGCUGCUUUCCAACAUAUACGCUGCAUCAGGAAACUGGAAUGAGGUCAACUCUUUGAGAAUGGCAAUGAAGGAAAAAGGGCUUGCAAAGUUGCCUGGAUGUAGUUGGAUUGUGGUUGGACAAAAGACACAUAUUUAUGUUGCAGGGGAUAAGUCUCAUCCCAAUGCUGGUGAAAUUCAUGGAGUUUUGCAAUAUUUGACAGGGCUAAUGAAAGAAGAUGCAUAUGUUUUGGACAUAGUUUUUUUGUUAUUUGAUGACCAUUGAAGAGUAGUUAAGACUAUGUGCUUUAAAUAUAUAUGUAGAAUUAGAAGGGCGACUUUUUUUCCUUGUGAGAAUUUUGGGAUUGUGGCAAAUAUAGGUGAGAAGGCUUGAUUUUCAUCAAUGGGGGUGGUGAAUUUGGCAGCUAGAUAGUUAUAAUUUUUUAUUUUAUAGAAUAUUUUCUUGAAAGA